AUGGAUAUUCAUAUUGAGAAUUGCAAUUCUGGAAAUAUUGGCAACAAAGGAAGAUUAGCAAGAUGGGGAGUAAAUAUAGAGACCACAUGUGCACUAUUCCAACAAGGGACUGAAACAGUUCAACAUUCAUUCUUUGAAUGCGAAAUGACCGGAACAAUAUGGCAGCAACUGCUGCAUUGGCAAGGAAUACAGAGGAAGAAGCUGAUAUGGCAAGAAGAACUGGCAUGGAUACAAAGAGCAGCAAAAGGAAGAAGUGGAGGAGCAACUUUAUGUAGAAUGACUUUAGCUGCUGUAGUUUACUAUAUAUGGCAGGAAAGAAACAAUACCAUCUUCAAACAGAAAAUAAGAACAUCAGCAAGCAUAGUUAGAAUGAUUAUUCAGGAAAUCCACAUUAGAGCCACCAUGUUUCCUAGGUUAGAAAGGACUAUAACCAAAGAGAACUUGCACCUGGAUACAAUGGAACAGUGA